UUAUGAUAAAAAUUGUCAAUUUCAUGAUUCAAGUUGAUGAUAGCCGUCAACUAAUUUUUAUCGUAUAAGGAUAUUUAAAGGAAUUCUUGUUUUAAACAUCUGUUAAGAUCUUCAUAAAAAUGUGUUUCAAUUUUAUAUUAAUAACAUCUUUAAGACGAAAUGCAUGUUGCUAUAAUAUAACAUAACAAAUAACAUUACAUAAAUAUUUAUGUUUCAAUAUUUUUAUUGAAAAGUUAUGAUAAGAAUAUAUAUAUAAUCGUUAAUUUCUUUAUAAAAUAAUUUUGUAUGAUCUACUAAUAAACAUGAACUGUCAUAGAUUAAUUCAAGUCUGAAUAAAUAAGAAAAUUUUUCAAUAUGUAGAUAUAUUUUAAAAUAAAUGUAUAGUAUAGUAUUAUAUAUUAAUUGUUUUAUUUGUUAAUUUUUGGUUAUUGUUAAUAUAUAGUAUGUUCUAUAAUGCUAUGAACUUAUAUUACCAAGCAUGUUUAUUAGAAGGAAAAGAACAUGUAGAGAAUUCUUUUCCUUCUUCUGAUAAACCUGCUUGGUAACAUAAGUUCAUGCAUGAAUAUUACUCACACACCUUCUUGCUUAUCAUCCUAAACUUCCAUAUUGCAUCGACUUGUUUAGUCUUUCUAUCAACAUACUACCAACUAGAUCUGACACUAUCUUAUAUAAGUUUUACAUAAUCCUAAUAAUGGAUCAAGAAAGUAAAGGUUAUAGAACUGAAAGGGAUACAUUUGGAGAACUGAAAGUUCCAAUGGACAAGUAUUAUGGUGCUCAAACUGUUCGGUCAGUGAUGAAUUUUCCAAUUGGAGAUACAUUUGAACGUAUGCCUUACGGAGUAAUAGUGGCUAUGGGCAUAUUAAAAAAAGCUGCUGCGGAAGUGAAUAAGGAAUUCGGUUUGGAUCCGAAAAUUGCCGAUGCCAUUGGCAAAGCUGCGGAUGAUGUAAUAAGUGGCAAGUUAUAUAACGAUCACUUUCCGUUGGUAAUUUGGCAAACUGGAUCUGGUACGCAGACCAACAUGAAUGUUAAUGAGGUAAUUUCUAACCGUGCGAUUGAAUUGCUUGGUGGCGAACUUGGUUCAAAGAAACCGGUACAUCCUAAUGAUCAUGUUAACAUGUCGCAAAGUAGUAAUGAUACGUUUCCAACCGCUAUGCACAUAGCUGUUGCUGCAGAGGUUAAUAAAGUGUUAAUACCAGGAUUGGAACAGUUGCAUUGUGCAUUAAAGCAGAAAUCAAUAGAAUGGAAAGAUAUUAUAAAGAUUGGGAGGACACAUACUCAGGAUGCAGUUCCCUUGACCUUAGGACAAGAAUUUUCAGGAUAUGCCACGCAGAUUGAAUAUGGCAUUAAAAGAGUAAAAGAUACAUUACCAAGAUUGUAUCAAUUAGCUCUGGGUGGUACAGCAGUCGGAACUGGAUUGAAUACGCGAAAGGGUUUCGCAGAAAAGACAGCUGCAAAAAUUGCACAACUCACUGGUUUCCCAUUUGUUACUGCGCCGAAUAAAUUUGAAGCUCUAGCUGCGCAUGAUGCGAUUGUCGAAGUGCAUGGUGCUCUCAAUACGAUAGCUGUCUCUAUCAUGAAGGUUGCGAAUGACAUCAGAUUUCUUGGAAGUGGACCUAGAUGUGGUUUAGGAGAAUUAUCACUCCCAGAAAACGAGCCUGGAAGUUCCAUUAUGCCUGGGAAGGUGAAUCCUACGCAAUGUGAAGCAAUUACUAUGGUAUGUUGUCAAGUGAUGGGUAAUCAUGUGGCAACAUCAAUUGGUGGCAGCAACGGUCACUUCGAACUCAAUGUGUUUAAACCAGUUAUGGUUGCCAAUACCUUGAGAUCCGCCAGAUUAUUAGGUGACGCCUGCUCUGCGUUCACAAAAAAUUGCGUUCAAGGCAUUGUUCCCAAUAUCGACAAUAUAAAGAAGAUAAUGAAUGAGAGUUUAAUGCUUGUCACAGCAUUGAAUCCGCACAUUGGUUACGAUAAGGCUGCUGCAAUUGCUAAGCAGGCGCAUAGGGAAAAGCUUACAUUAAAAGAAUCUGCAUUGAAGAAUGGAUUGACGGAAGAACAAUUCGAUAAGUGGGUCAGACCUGAGCAAAUGCUAGGUCCGAAAUAAUUGUUGUGCAAACAAAUAUAAAAGAAUGCUCUGUAAUGUAUUUUAUUUGUGACUUUUUGUUUUCAAAAUCAGUAAAAGUUUGUUAUAAGAAAAUAUUAAAUGUCUUAUAAAUUUC